CGGCGGCGGCGGCGGCGGCGGCCGAGAUUGGAAUCCGCCUGCUGGCGCUGCGCGGAGGAGGAGGAGGAGGAGGAGGGCGGAGGGCGGGGAGAGCGAGCAGGAAGGCUCCGGGGUCCGGCGCGUCGGUCCGCGCGAGACGACCAUCUCACGGCCGCUGCACGCCGAGGGCGGAGGCCGAGCCGGGGGGCCCCCCCGCUCCUCCCCGCCGCGCCCACCCCGCUCCGCGCCGCAGGCCGGAGGAUGAGUUCCCCGGGGUCCCGAUUUAUGAAAAUAUGCAUCGGUUUAAUACUGUCUUGGAAUUCAUGAGAUGGAAGCAUAGGUCAAAGCUGCUCGGAGAAAAUUGGAAAUACAGUUUUAUCUAGCCACAUCUCUGAGGAGUCAGGAGAAAGCAGUGGAAGUUGGAGUUAUUGUCAGAUGAUUGAGAUCUUUUACAAGAAAACCCCAUUGAAUAAAUCUCAUUGUAAUUAGUGACAUAACAGAACCACUUAUUAAAGGUUGCUGUACAGGAAAAGUUAAAAUUAAACAAUGAGUCAUCUGUGUAUUUACAUCAGAUUAUUGGGAGCCUGCUUGGUCAUCAUUUCUCAUGUUCAAGGGCAGAAUCUAGAUAGUAUGCUCCAUGGAACUGGGAUGAAACCAGACUCCGACCAGAAGAAAUCAGAAAAUGGAGUAACCUUAGCACCAGAGGAUACCUUGCCUUUUUUAAAGUGCUACUGCUCGGGACACUGCCCAGACGAUGCUAUUAAUAACACGUGCAUAACUAAUGGACAUUGUUUUGCCAUCAUAGAAGAAGAUGAACAGGGAGAAACCACAUUAGCUUCAGGUUGUAUGAAAUACGAAGGAUCUGAUUUUCAGUGCAAGGAUUCACCAAAAGCUCAGCUACGAAGGACGAUAGAAUGUUGUCGGACCAAUUUAUGUAAUCAGUAUUUACAGCCUACAUUGCCCCCUGUUGUUAUAGGUCCGAUUUUUGAUGGCAGUGUUCGUUGGCUGGUGGUGCUUAUUUCCAUGGCUAUCUGCAUAAUUGCUAUGAUCAUCUUCUCCAGCUGCUUUUGUUACAAACACUAUUGCAGGAGCAUCUCAAGCAGGCAUUGUUAUGAUCCCACUUUGGGGCAGGUUGAAGCAUUUAUUCCGGGUGGCGAAUCAUUAAAAGAUCUUAUUGACCAGUCACAAAGUUCUGGUAGUGGAUCUGGACUACCUUUGUUGGUUCAGCGAACUAUUGCCAAACAGAUCCAGAUGGUUCGACAAGUUGGUAAAGGUCGAUAUGGAGAAGUGUGGAUGGGUAAAUGGCGUGGUGAAAAAGUGGCAGUCAAAGUGUUUUUUACCACUGAAGAAGCUAGCUGGUUUCGAGAAACUGAAAUCUAUCAGACUGUGCUGAUGCGCCAUGAAAAUAUACUUGGUUUCAUAGCAGCGGACAUUAAAGGCACAGGCUCCUGGACACAGCUCUAUCUGAUCACUGACUACCAUGAAAAUGGCUCUCUCUAUGAUUUCCUGAAGUGUGCCACCCUAGAUACCAGGGCUCUGCUCAAGUUGGCAUAUUCAGCUGCCUGUGGUCUGUGCCAUCUCCACACAGAAAUAUAUGGGACUCAAGGGAAACCUGCAAUAGCUCAUCGAGACUUAAAGAGCAAAAACAUCCUCAUUAAGAAAAAUGGAAGUUGCUGUAUUGCUGACUUGGGCCUGGCUGUUAAAUUCAAUAGCGAUACAAAUGAAGUUGACGUGCCCUUGAAUACCAGAGUGGGCACCAAACGCUACAUGGCUCCCGAAGUGCUAGACGAAAGCCUGAACAAAAAUCACUUCCAGCCCUAUAUAAUGGCUGACAUCUACAGCUUUGGCCUGAUCAUCUGGGAAAUGGCCCGGCGUUGUAUCACAGGAGGCAUAGUAGAAGAGUACCAAUUGCCAUAUUAUAACAUGGUACCUAACGAUCCUUCAUAUGAAGAUAUGCGUGAGGUUGUGUGUGUCAAACGUUUGCGGCCAAUUGUAUCUAAUCGAUGGAACAGUGACGAAUGUCUACGAGCAGUUUUGAAACUGAUGUCAGAAUGUUGGGCCCAUAAUCCAGCCUCUAGACUGACAGCUCUGAGAAUCAAGAAGACACUUGCCAAGAUGGUUGAAUCCCAAGAUGUAAAGAUUUGACACUUAAAUAAUCAGGAGGAGACAUUCUAGACUCAAAACUGUUUUCACCCAUGGAACAGGGUGGAAUUAGAGUAGAAUAAGAAAGUUAAUUUGGUUCUCAGACUCUAUCCUCACUACAACUUCACAGGCUGCUAAUAUCAAACCUUUCAGUACUCUGUAGAAUACAAGCUGGGAACUUCUAAACACUUCAUUCUUUACAUAUGGACAGCUUUAUUUUAAAUAUGGUUUUUGAUGCCUUUUUUUAUUGGGUUUUUAUGAACUGCAUCAAUACUUCAAUCCCGAUUAAGUCUCCAGUCAAACUCUGGGUACUGAAUUAACCUGUUCAUAAAAUGGUGCUUUCUGUGAAAGCCUUAAGAAGAUAAAUGAAUUCAGCAGAGAUGGAGAAAUAUACACUUUGCCUUCUACCAAGAAAAUUCGAUCUGUUUGUAUUCUACCUUUGUAAACAGCCUAUGGAUUAUGAUCUGUUUGGGAUACUGCUUAGUUUGUGAUAGUUUGUCAUGCCUUGAUAGCAGUGUGUGUGUAUGUUGUGUGUGUGUAUGUGUGCGUGUGUGCAUGCACACAUGUACACCGAAACUUCUCUGCUGCCAUUUGAAUUAGAAGAAGAUAAUUUAUGAAUGCAGGAAGACAUUGGAAAUGGUUGUUGGUUUUGUGCUUUAAAAAUGCAUUAUCUGACUGUUUCGCCAAUUAUAUAAAAGCCAUUUCAAGUGAGCUAGCUUCUCCAACAACUUUAAUUUUUAACAUAAAAGUUGAUAUAAAGGCCAAAAGAAGUUUAAAGUGUGUAAAUUUGGACUGUUUUCCUUUCACAAAUAUCCUUUUUUAUUUGGCGGGGUAUGGGGGAUAAUUAUUAUUUUUAUCAUGAGAAGACUCCUAUCCAAAGUUGAAACUUCCAAUGCUUGAACCCUCUAAAGAAAAACACUUCUUAUUGGAGUGCAUUACUCAUUACUGCAUUUGAUAGCAAUGUAAGUGCCUAUAACCAUGUCUUUAUUUUCAGUAACAUUUAAAAGGGAAAUUAUUUAUAUUUUGUGUAUAAUAUGUUUUCUUUACAAACACCUCCUCUUACAAACAUAUUUUAUAUAUGUACAUAAAAUUCUGACUGUCGAAACCAGUUCACCUCUAUCUUACCUCCAUCUUUAAGGGUUCUUGUAAAUUAAGACCAUCAAAAAAAUUACAGUUACAAAAGUAAAACUACAUAUUAAUACAUUCUAAUGUAGUAUAUCAAAUCUAGGAUUUUACUGAUUUCAGACAAAAACUUUCAUUAAAACUAUGUUUUCUUUUAUGAAAGCGUCCUCUGAUUAGAAGUUUAUAUUUCAAAGCAGAUACAAAUUUAUCCAUUUGCUGUUUUACAAUAUAAAUCAUUUAAGAUUUGAGGUUUCUUUCCAAUUUUAGUAAUGUGCUUUCCAAAGCAGACUUCCAAGAUUUGGGAUUUUUAUUUCAAUUUGCAACUUGUAAAGACAAAAAAGUUCAGUAUCUAAUAAUUUUAUCUAUUCUGUAUAGCUAUUACUCAAUAAAAUACUGCAUAUUUUAUAGAUGCCUUAUCCCAGGAAGUAAUUCUGAUUUCUUUAAACUUACUACACGUAAGUGAUGCCUUUAAAUAUUAAAGCCUUUUUCUGAACAGUCAGUUCAUUGGUGCAUCAAGUGAGACACUUUUCUUUGAAUGAAACAAAAUGUGAUACCAUAGUAAAAAAAAGAGGAAUCAUCAUGUAUCCAUCUAUUAACAAAAUUUGCCGUUGAAAGAUGAAGCUCAUUUAUGUUUUUGUCAUUUUAUAAAUUUGGACUGGUUUUACCUUUUGACUACAUUUAAUAAUUUUUAUCUACAUAUAGUUUGAAGUGUUCACAAUAAGUAAAUUUAAUUUUGGUUGGGGUUUUUUUUGCAUUUUUUGUUUUUGUUUUUUUUUUGCUAUGUUUUUGGGCCACACCCAGUGGUACUCAGGGAUCCUAAGGAGUGCAGAAUAUUGAACCCUGGUCGGUUGCAAAUGCCCUACCUGCUGUACUAUCUCUUACUCUAUACUGAUUCUUUAAUUGAUUAAAAGUGACAUCAAGCCCAGGGAUAGAAGUCAACAGUAUGGAGCCAUGCUUUACCCUGGGUUUGAUCCCUGGCACUACCAGAAAAGUUGGAAGUGUCUGUUUUGGAGUCUGAGGAUGAGGUAGAGCAUGUGCCUUGCAUAUAUGAGGCAUGGGUUUGAUCUCAUGAGACCACAAAAGAAAAAAAGAAAGGCCAAAUAUAUAAUGAGUUUUGGAAAUUUCCUCAGUGAAAAUAUUUCCUAGUAUAAAAUGUGUUUUUAAAAAGGAAUGCUGCCAUAUUUGUAAAAUAUUAUAUCAAAUUAAUUUUCUCUUAAAUACCAGUUUAUCCAGUAAGUGAACUAUUUAGUAUUAAUAGUUAACAAUUUAAAACCCCACAAGCCUUUAUUUGAUCACACUAUUGAAUAUUUUUAAAUAUUUUAGUCAUUCUUCUAAAUAAUUUAAAUAUAAAGGCAAAUUAAAAACUCAAAGCUACCUGAAUUAACUGUCAAAGAAAAUUCUUCAUAGAAAUUCUCUAUAUACUAGUAAAAUAUUUCCAGAAUAAAAAGACACACAAUAAGUUUAUGUUUGAUGUCUUUAAACUUUUUUUAUGCUAUCUUAAUGACAAACUUCAGAAGUAUACCAAAUUUGAACAUAACUUCUCUAGAAUUGUUUCCAGAAGAAAUAUUUUAAGGGUUGGAGAGAUAAUACAGAGGCUUGUCUUGCAUGUGGCCAAACCAAGUUUGAUCCCUGGCACCACAUUCUAUGCCCUGAGUGUACCACCAAGAGUAAUCCCUGGCACAAAGCUGGCAGGAGUAAGCCCUAGUUGAGCAAUGCUGGGUGUACCCCUCGCCACCAUCUGUCUGUCUGUCUGUCUGUCUGUCUGUCUCUCUCUCUCUUUCAUGCACACACACAAAAAAAAAAUGUUUACCUGUUUAUUUUGUCUUUCUGAUGUUCAAAAGUAUUUCUAGACUUAGUAAGUAACGUACAGUUUAUGAAAACUUUUCCUGGUAUGUGCCCAGCUUUUUGCAUCCAACUUAAAAAUAUUCAGUACUUUUUAGGACUGGAGCAAUAGUAUAGCAGGCAUUUGCCUUGAACCCAGCUGACCUAAGUUCAAUCCGUGGCACUCCACAUGGCCGUCUGAGCCUGCUAGGGGUAAUUCCUGAGCACAAAGCCAGUAGUAAGCAAGCCCUGAGCAACACUGGGUAUGACCUGCUACCCCAAAGGGGAGGAGGGGGAAAUACAUAUAUAUAGCAAAGAACUAAAGAAAAAGUAUCAUAUAUAUGGUACCUUUUUCUUUAGUUCUUUGCUUCUCUUUAAGGCAAAAAAUGCAAUAUUAUUUUUAAGAACCAUACUUAUGUAUAUCAGCCCAACAUAAUUAUUUUAAGGGGCGUGUGUGCCAGAGAGAUAGUACAGUUGGUAGGAUGCUUGCUUUGUAUACAGCCAACCUAGCUUCAAUCCCUGGCAUUCCAUACCAGGAGUAACACCAGGAGUGAUUUCUGAGCACCAAGCCAGGAGUCAGCCCUGAGCACUACUGGUGUGGCAAAAAAAAACAUAGUUAUAUGUAUAACUUUUUUUUCAAGGGAGGGUUUUAUAAAUUUCAAUGGCAGGAUUACUAAUUGAUGCUUAUUCCUUUUUGUGGCCCAUUGUUCUGGAAGUGGUAAUACUAUUUGUUGAGUCAGAUGUCAGUAUAAGAGCAGUUUCUCUUCUUACCUCCGCACUGUGGCACUGGGCACUCUAGCUAACAUGUUGAUCAACAGCAAAAUCCAGAACAGCAUCACGGAGGCCAUGUGUAAUGACUGUCCCACAGGGAAUAUGUGAAUACCGCUUUUGCAAAGCAUUAACUAUAUCAUUGUAAUUUUAGCUUGUGCUCUGUACUAUGCUUUCAGUGGAAUUAUUUAACCCUUUUAGUGACUGUUGUCCUGACCCAUUUAAAACCUAAAAUGUAGUAAGCAUUGUAUAAAAUGGAAAUGUCAUUAUAGCUGAAUUAGGGAACAUGUACAUAGACAUUGAAAAAAGGAGUUAAAAGAGAAACAGUUUUAUUAUGCAGUGUAAAAAAACAAAAUAUAGAUUCAUCUUUGAUAUGUAACACACUAAAUGUAUUUUGUACAGCAUCUGUUUUAAAAGGUGCCUUAUUAAGUUUACCAUUAAUUGCUUUGUCCUAUAUAUAGAUUACAUCCAAUGUAUCAUUUUUAAGUAAAUAACCUUAUUUUAGUA